AGAAAUUAUUUGUGGCAGAACCCAAAGUACUUUGAAAUUUUAAAGAAAUGUAUUGCUGGCUGCUAAAACCACCUUUCUCACCAGAAUGGAUCAAGUUCUUCAAAUUUAAACGGAUGCCAAAAAUCCAAAAUUGGUGCAAUGCACAGUGACUGUACCAUGAUGCCAUUUUGGUCUUCAAUUGGUGAGAAUGCAUCAUUUACAUAUUAAGUAAGCCUCCUCCUCCUCGGUGCCAGCUGAGAUUAGAAACCCAAGAUCGACUAUCCUUAGAAGAGCUGCUGUGACACAUGAGGAAGGUGAAAACUAAUGGAUGAAAGUUUUGCCAUGCCCUGAAAGGAAAGCAUUGUCUGUAAAGUUCUAUUUUAAAAAAAUGUCUGCUUGUAACACCUUCACUGAACACGUUUGGAAACCUGGUGAAUGCAAAAACUGUUUUAAACCUAAAAGCUUACACCAGCUACCCCCAGACCCUGAGAAGGCACCCAUCACUCAGGGCAAUGUGAAAACUAAUGCCAAUCACAGUAACAACCACCGCAUCAGGAACACCGGAAAUUUCCGGCCUCCUGUGGCAAAAAAACCCACUAUAGCUGUGAAGCCCACUAUGAUGGUGGUGGAUGGGCAAAGUGUAUGUAGUGAGCUUAGCAUCCAAGAACACUGUGAGAAUAAACCUGCUAUCAUAGGAUGGAACCGAAACAGGGCUGUUGUGAGUCCAAAACCACUUAACAAUAACAAUGAAGAUGAUAUGGAAGGGUUUAGCCAUGUUCCUAAGCCUUACAGCAAUAAUGAUAGUGCAAAGAAGAUAUCAAAUAACAAUAAUGGACUAACUGAAGUGUUAAAGGAAAUAGCAGGCUUGAGUACCACCCCCCAGAUAAGAGGAAAUGAAACAAACUCCAAAGAAACAUUCUUAGGAAGAAUAAAUAAUUGCUAUAAACGAUCUUUGGAAAGAAAGCUUCCGCCAAGUUGCAUGAUGGGAGGGAUAAAGGAUACUCAGGGAAAGCAUGUUAUUCUGAGUGGAAGUACAGAAGUGAUCAGUAAUGAAGGGGGCCGGUUCUGUUACCCAGAGUUUUCCAGUGGCGAGGAGAGUGAGGAAGAUGUGCUUUUCAGUAACAUGGAGGAGGAGCAUGAGAGCUGGGAUGAGAGUGAUGAAGAGCUGUUGGCCAUGGAGAUCCGCAUGAGAGGGCAACCUCGCUUUGCUAACUUCAGGGCAAACACUUUGUCUCCUGUUCGAUUCUUUGUGGACAAAAAAUGGAAUACUGUCCCCCUGCGAAAUAAAUCUCUGCAGAGAAUCUGUGCCGUAGACUAUGAUGACAGCUAUGAUGAAAUUCUGAAUGGUUAUGAAGAGAAUUCUGUGGUCUCCUACGGACCAGGCAGCAUUCAGAGCACUAUGUCGUCUGACUCCACGUCACCGGAUUCUUCUCUAACAGAGGAAUCAAGGUCCGAGACAGCCAGUAGUUUAUCCCAGAAGAUUUGCAAUGGGGGGAUAUCUCCUGGUAACACAGGAGAUUCUAAGGACAUGAAGGAGAUACAACCCAAUCUUGAAAGUCUUCCUGGUAAUAAUCAGGAGAAGGACUCAUCACAAGCUUUCAAAAACUCAGUAAAAGUUCCAGAGACGCACAAAGCAGUCCUUGCUCUUCGAUUGGAAGAGAAAGAUGGCAAGAUUGCUGUACAAACUGAGAAGCAAGAAAGUAAAACCUCUGCCGAUAUUGCUGGGCAAGCAGUAACUAUAAACCUUGUCCCUGUAGAAGAACAAGCCAGGCCCUACCGAGUUGUGAAUCUGGAACAGCCAUUGUGCAAGCCAUAUACUGUCGUGGACGUGUCGGCAGCCAUGGCCAGUGAGCACCUCGAGGGCCCUGCCAACAGUCUGAAGAUGAAAAGCUCAGCUUCUACUCCAAACUCUCCAGUGACAUCACCUACACUGACAUCAGGACAAAUAAGUGCCCAUUUCCAAAAAUCCAGUGCUAUCCGAUACCAGGAAGUAUGGACUUCCAGUACCAGUCCACGACAAAAGAUACCUAAAGUGGAAUUAAUUAGUGGUGGUACUGGACCAAACAUUCCUCCAAGGAAAAACUGUCACAAAUCAGCACCCACUUCACCCACAGCUACAAACAUUUCCUCCAAAACCAUCCCUGUUAAGUCUCCUAAUUUGUCUGAAAUAAAAUUUAAUAGUUAUAACAAUGCUGGUAUGCCACCUUUUCCAAUUAUCAUCCAUGAUGAGCCAACUUAUGCUCGGAGUUCCAAAAAUGCUAUCAAAGUUCCCAUUGUAAUCAAUCCUAAUGCAUAUGACAAUCUAGCCAUCUACAAAAGUUUUCUGGGAACAAGUGGAGAACUCUCAGUGAAGGAAAAAACCACAAGCAUCAUAAGCCAUACUUAUGAAGAAAUAGAAACUGAAAACAAAGUGUCUGAUAAUACCACUAGCAAACCCACUGAAGGUCCCCAAGCUAAAGGGUUUUCGAACAGCGCAGAGCGUAAAAGGGGCUCAGUGGCUCAGAAGGUUCAGGAGUUUAACAACUGUCUUAACAGAGGUCAGUCUUCACCCCAGAGAAGCUAUAGUUCUAGCCACAGCUCCCCAGUAAAGAUUCCAAGAACCACUCAAGAUUCUGUGACAAAAAGAGAAGGCACUCAGGAGUCUCAGACCACGGGCAGCGGCAGCAGCACCAGCAGCAGGGAGAAAGCAAGCACAGUGCUUUCUCAGAUUGUGGCUUCUAUCCAACCUCCACAGUCUCCUCCAGAAAUGCCACAGUCUGGCCCUAAAGCUUGCAGUGUGGAAGAACUUUAUGCCAUUCCUCCAGAUGCCGAUGCUGCUAAGAGUGCACCCAAGAGUACACCAGUCCGGCCCAAAUCUCUCUUUUCAUCUCAGCCCAGUGGUGAGGCUGACACAUCUCAGACCACAGAAAAUCCCACCCCCAAAAUACAGAAAGACCCACUCUCAAAGCCAGUCACCCCCCCUCCCUCCAAAUUAACAACUAACCCCCAAAGUGAGCCACUACCUCCCUUUCCCCCACCACGUUCCACUUCCUCUCCUUACCAUGCAAGUAACCUUUUGCAGAGGCAUUUCACUAGCUGGACCAAGCCAACCAGCCCUACCAGGUCAACAGAAGCUGAAUCAGUUUUGCACUCUGAGGGCAGCAGGCGGGCAGCUGAUGCAAAACCUAAGCGCUGGAUAUCUUUUAAAAGCUUCUUCCGCCGUCGGAAAACAGAAGAGGAGGAUGACAAAGAGAAAGAGCGAGAGAAAGGGAAACUGGUGGGCCUGGAUGGCACAGUCAUCCACAUGCUGCCCCCUCCUCCAGUCCAGCGCCAUCACUGGUUCACAGAAGCAAAAACAGAGUCCAGUGAGAAGCCAGCCAUUGUCUUCAUGUACAGAUGUGACCCUGCCCAAGGCCAGCUCAACGUGGAUCAGAGCAAGGUGGAGGCAGACCAAGCAGCCAUCAUGGAGAAGGAUGGAAUAGAGGAUUCGUUACUGCAGAACUCAGAGAAGAAGAAAAGGAAUCACUCUUCUCCGUCACAGAUCCCUAAAAAAAUUCUCAGUCAUGUGACCCAUGAAGUGUCCACAGAGGAGUUUUCUCCACGGGAUCCAAGAGCUGUUGUGAAGCAAGAUGGCAGGGCCAGUACUCCAGUCACAUCAGAAUUGCCUCAACCUGAACUGGAAAGGGAAGAAGAAAAAGAAGAUAUUUCGGAUCCUAUGGACCUGAGCCCUUGUAGUGCAACAUACAGCAACUUAGGGCAAUCUAGAGCAGCCAUGAUACCUCCCAAGCAUCCACGGCAGCCCAAGGGAGCUCUGGAUGAGGCCAUUGCCUUUGGGGGGAAAACAGACCAAGAAGCUCCUAAUGCUUCCCAACCCACACCACCCCCCUUGCCAAAGAAAAUGAUCAUAAGAGCCAACACAGAGCCAAUCUCCAAAGACCUCCAAAAAUCCCUGGAAAGUAGUCUUUGUGUCAUGGCUAAUCCCACCUACGAUAUUGACCCCAACUGGGAUGCCAGCAGUGCUGGCUCUUCCAUCAGCUGUGAACUUAAGGGACUGGACGUUGAGUCUUGUGACUCCUUGGAGAGACCUCUGCACAAGGAGAGACCUGUCCCCUCGGCAGCAAACAGCAUCUCCAGCUUAACUACUCUCAGUAUUAAGGACAGAUUUUCCAACAGCAUGGAAUCCCUGUCUAGCCGGCGUGGUCCCUCCUGCAGACAGAGCCGAGGCAUCCAGAAGCCACAGAGACAAGCACUUUAUCGAGGACUUGAGAAUCGGGAGGAAGUAGUAGGUAAAAUCCGAAGCCUUCAUACAGAUGCCUUGAAGAAAUUGGCUAUUAAAUGCGAAGACCUCUUCAUGGCUGGGCAGAAAGACCAGCUCCGUUUUGGAGUGGACAGCUGGUCAGACUUCAGGUUAACCAGCGACAAGCCAUGUUGUGAAGCAGGUGAUGCAGUUUACUACACAGCUUCAUAUGCAAAAGAUCCACUUAAUAACUAUGCAGUCAAGAUCUGUAAGAGCAAAGCUAAAGAAUCUCAGCAGUAUUAUCACAGCUUGACUGUCCGGCAGAGUCUGGCCAUCCAUUUUAACAUCCAGCAGGACUGCGGUCAUUUCCUUGCUGAAGUCCCUAACCGUCUGCUUCCCUGGGAGGAUCCUGAUGCUCUCGAAAAGAAAGAGAAUGAAACGGAAGAGACCGAAGAAGAGAUGAAAGGAGACACUGGAGAGAAAAGCCCAGAGCCCUGCUUGGAAACAGAGUCAUCCCAGAAGGACAGCCAGGGAGUUGUGAGCAGGAAGCAGAGAAGCCACGUUGUCGUCAUCAUCAGAGAGGUCCCCUACCUCACUGUGGCCGAUUUUGUGCGGGACUCCUCGGCCCAGCACGGGAGAAGCCCUGAUGUGUACGAGAGGCAAGUGUGCUUGCUACUCUUGCAGCUGUGCUCCGGCUUGGAGCACCUCAAGCCCUACCACGUCACCCACUGCGACCUCCGCCUGGAGAACCUGCUGCUUGUCCACUACCAGCCCGGGGCAGCCACCCAGGGCCUGGAGCCUGCAGGGCCCAGCCCUGCUUCAUCUUGUCCCACAAGGCUGAUCGUGAGCAACUUCUCUCAGGCCAAGCAGAAGAGCCAUUUGGUGGACCCCGAGAUUCUCCGGGACCAGUCCCGCCUCGCCCCGGAGAUCAUAUCAGCUACCCAGUACAAAAAGUGCGAUGAGUUCCAGACAGGCAUCCUCAUCUAUGAGAUGCUGCACCUGCCCAACCCCUUCGAUGAGAACCCAGAGCUGAAGGAGAGGGAGUACACACGAGCAGACCUGCCUCGCAUCCCACUCCGCUCCCCCUACUCCCGAGGCCUGCAGCAGCUGGCCAGCUGCCUCCUGAAUCCCAACCCUUCCGAGCGAAUCCUCAUUUCCGACGCCAGAGGUAUCCUCCAGUGUCUGCUCUGGGGCCCCCGGGAAGAUUUCUUCCAGACUUUCAAUGCCUCCCCAAGCCCAGUGCAGAGGAAUGCCCUUCUCCAAAAUUGGCUAGACAUCAAGAGGACACUGCUGAUGAUCAAGUUUGCUGAGAAGUCGCUGGACAGGGAGGGUGGGGUCAGCCUCGAGGACUGGCUUUGUGCUCAGUAUUUGGCUUUUGCCACUACAGACACCCUCAGUUGCAUUGUGAAAAUCCUCCAGCACCGUUAAUGCGUCCUGGAUGCUGCUUUUGCUUCAUUUUCACCUUCUUCGUGUUGCCCACGCACUUCCCCUUCCUAGGACUCAGUUCAAGUAAAGAAGAGAGAGAUAGUCCUUCCACCCCAACCACGAACGAAUGAGCCCGUUGGUUCAGAAAGGUUAGCCUCAGCUCCAAAUCAAGUGGGAAGCUGAGUCUGUCUUAACUUCUCAGAAAUUUAACUGAACAAACAUGCGGUUGCCUUCCAGUGGGACACUCUCCACCCUAAUAGUCCCACAAAUGCAGGUUAAAAAAAAAAAUGAAAAUUCGCAUCCUUGAAAGAACAACUCCUUUGGUAUGAACUCAGUGAGCUGUGUCCAAUUUCUCUAUAAUUCUGAAAAUCACCUAUCUUUUUAAGCACCAAGUCUUUAGUCUCACUAGCAAUAGACAAAUUUAUUCAGUCUCUACCAUCAUCCAGGCUCUCACAGCAGACUUUCUUCCUUGAAGGUGUCAAUAACUGACUCUUACCAGGCAGAACUGCCAUCCUGAGCAUCAACCCAGUUUGGGCCACCAGGGACUACAUCCUUCGAUCCAGCAGAUUGUAGAAGGAAAAGGAGCAAUCCCAUCCCCCUGAGUCCUGGACUCAUUUUCAUUUCUGUUGUCAUUAAGUGUGUGCACGGCAUGGAGGACGGCCUAACAGCCUCUCCUCCGCUGCCACUGCCCAAUUCUCCUUCACCUCUCCUCUGUCCCCACUUGCCAGUGAAGUUUGGGUUUAUCAGCCACUCGUCGCCCAUUACAGAGCUAACCAGGGUGGUGUCACCAAUGCCUCAGCAGGGUGGAGUGCAGUUCAGAGCUUAUAAAUUGCUGGCAGGACACAAGGAGAUGGUUUUCCUGCAUGUGCAAUUCUCUAGGGGCCAUCAGGAACAGAGUUUAAAGCACCGUUCUUUGAUUACUGUCAGAGCUGUCAGCAUUGGCAGCCGGGGCUGGCGGUACCCUAAUUACGGUGCCCCACCCCCCCACCCCCCAGCAGUAAUUGGCUAGCUUUCUUCUAUCGGUAGCCAGUGUUAACUAGUCUACCAAAUACUGUAGACAGAGAGCAGAACGAAACGGCUGUCAGCUGAGCUCCCAGGUCUCCUUCGAGGAGGGCACUGUUGGCUGUCGGAAUGGCCAGAAGGCAGGGGAGGGGGAGAAGGCCACUUGAUGAGACUGCUGACCUCUUCUGUAGAGACUGCCUCGCAGUUUAAGUGGCACAUUGCUCCUUGUGACUCUCACAAAAGUGAUUCUGGAGGACAGCUUGCAGGGAAUUUUGAUUGCUGACGUGGGUGGCUGUGAGCUGUUCACCGUGCAUGGAGCACGUGCUCCUCUCCUAUGGAUAUAUGUGCAAUUAUUGUAUGUAUUUUUUUAGCUGUAUAUUACAGUGUUUAUGUUGCAACUUCACCUGAAGCAAGAUCUACAGAAACCUUCCCCUUCUUCCCCUGGCACAUAUUUGCGCUGAGAGACAAGUGGUCCUUCCACAGGUGUGUGGUUUGUGAGUGCGUGUGCUUGUUUUAUUCAAAACUGUGAGUAUCUGUUUACUUCAGCUUUGAAAUCCCAAGAGUCACUCGAACAGUGUGAGUAUGUGUUCAGGUGUGUGCCCAUGUAUGCAUACACACACAUGCUGGACGGAGAGGCCAGGCUUCUGGGAAGCAACCUGUGGCAGGGUUGAUAGACGUGUUCUCUGCACCUGGUGGAUGAGGGCACCCUGGGGCCCGUCAUCUACCAGUGCAGAGUUUCUUAAAGCCAAGACCAAUGGUGCAGUAUUACUUAGAUAGCACAUUAGUGGCCUUGGAAAUUUCUAAACUUUUAACAUUUUAACAGCCUUUCAUGUGAUUCACCUGUAUUAAAGAGGAUCAAGAAAGGAGAAUGUAUUUUAUCAUGCUCUUUUUUUUUUUCUUUAAGAGAAAGAUGUUUGAAAAGGGACACACGGAGGAUGUCCUUGUCCUCCUGGCCAGCAGUUCACCAGAGAGCUGGCUGGCCCCCAGAGCCUUGCCUCCUCUUCCCAGAGUGUGGGGCUCUGUCCCUGAGAACGGCGCAGGGUGAACAUGCCACUGCAGGCCAGCCUCUCACUCUCUCUGCGUCCUGGGCAUGGCUGCGCCUUGCCUGGCAGGCGGGUGUUUGUUGGCUCGCCUUAGCAUAACUCUUGUGCACAUAACUCCCUGCCAAAUUAUACACUGAAGUGACAGCACACAGACCACUGACCAUUUUCUUAGCCAGCACAUUUCCUUGGCCCCUGACAUUUUGCAUAUUGAGACAUACCUUACCAGUGUCACUCUCGUGGUGCCUUGCCCAUGUAAAUCUGAAUGUCGACUGUUUAAUGAGGUUACAUAUUUAAUACAGAAUGUCCCUCGAUUUGUUCUCUAGGUGUAUAUAUAUAUAUAUUACUUUUUCUUCUGUGAUGACAUGGAUUCAGUCUUUAACUCCAUAGUAUAAGAAGCAUGGAUAACUCCCUACCCCCAUCAUCUUACAGCACUGGUCAACCAAGCACCUCUUCAUAUCAGAUGUGCUUCUUACUGUUUUUAUAUAUAAAUUUAUUAAGGGAAAAAGGUGAAUGUCAACUAGUCAGAAAAGGGCGUCAGGCUUCCCAGAGACAGGUGGCUAGAUUAAUUUUUUUUCUGGGUGAUGGCCGAGGAGUGUGAGGUAGGGUGGGAAGAGAGUAUUGCAGGUUAGAGCAGACUACAGAAAAGAACUCUAUUUCUAGACAAGAAGUACUACAUCAGAUGGUCCUCAGAAUAUUUUUCCAAAAUAAUGAAAUUCAUUUAAUCUAACAUUGUCACAAAUAUUUUACAUUUCCAUUUUAAUUAUAGUAGGAACUUUAAAUUCAUUCAUCAACUGGAAGGGAAUCCUACCCUCAGAUACAGAUGUAUAGAGGUAUAUCAGUUUUGGAUUGUAACUAGUAUAUAGCACUUUAAGUUUUCUCAAGCAACAUCAAGUUGAUGUCUUCAGUAUUAGAUUGGAAAUUUUUUUCUUUUCUAUUGAAGUCUGCACUAUAGAUUCUUCUGUUUAUAUUGAGACUUUAAACAAUUAAGCCACGAUUGGAAUUUUUCCUUAAGCCACUUAAAGCAAGAACAAUCUCUCUGAUACAUUUGGGUUGCUGGAGAAGUAGGACAGUGAUCCAGAGUAGCCGAGACCCAGACUGAAUGUAUAGCAGAGUGCCUUGUGAGGGUGAAACCUAGUCUUGGAAGGAAGAGAGUUAAUGGAUGUCCACAAGAGGACUAAGGGAAGCCUUCCAGGCCAACCUGAGAAGAGCCCCUCUGUAUUAAGUACACUAAUGUGAUGCAUGGAAGCUAGUUCAUAAAAGUAUUAGCAGGAUGGGAAAAAGAGCACGUGUAACUGUGUAACCAGCAACAAAAGAAUCAUGAAUGAGGUCCACCAACUCCUGGGCUGAGAGAGAAUUGGAAGCCAGGAGUAUGGUAGUGGGUUUGGCUUUCAAGUUUUGCCCUCAGAACAUGGUGGGACUGGAUGAGUUGUAGAGGGGGCCCCAGGUGCCUAAGCGACUUACCCUACUGAUAUUGAGAGGAUGAAGGCAAAACAUAUUUGUUGGGAUUUUAAGAGUCGGAGUAGCCUCCCAUUGUAUAUUAAGUGGGGCCAGUUUUGCUUCCAAACUCAGAAUAAGCUUGUGAACGUGGAACACUCUAAGCCGAGAAAUCUAAACCUCUAGAAUUAUUAAUACUGAUAUUUCUGGGAGUAAAACUAGCUAAAAUUGUAAAAUUCUAGCAUUGCAAAAUUUCCAUGCAAGAUCUUUGGGGCCCACUAAAUAGUAGGGCAUAGAAGGAUUGCACUCAGCUUCCCAAAUUUGAGUGAUGAAUAGUUUGGUGCUGGGGAGUAACCUGACAUUUGUUUUUGUUGGUAACCCAAAAUUAGGAUUUUUUUUCCCCUAGAUUUUACCAGCAGUGAUUUGAAAAAAUACAGCCUGAUAUCAGAAAUUGGGAUGGAUUUACAGUACUGCAUUGCAUUUCAAAUGAUUCUAGAUAUGCAAAUAAAGUAUGAACAUCCUUGGAGUGAGGGUGAAAGGAAUUUGACCUCCUGGGCCAAUUCUGACAUGUUUUCCAUUCCCCUCACUAGUUGAUAACGAUUGAAAAUUCUGGUCCAGUGUAAUGAGUGAACAGGAUGGCUGCCCAUGAAACUGGGUCAUUAGUUUUACCUCAUUGAAGCUGAUAUUCUCAAAGGCCAAAAGUGCUGUGCCGAGACAAAUCCAAGUGCUGCUCUUGCUGAAGUGUGCACUGAAGUCCAGCUGCCCUGCUCCCGGCAGUGCCGAAAGUGGGGAUUCCACGGACCAAAAAUGAUGCCAUAAUGGAAGGCAGAAGAGCCACAAUGCAAGAUCCUAGAUUGAGAUUAUACCAAAGAAAUCAGACCUUUUUAUGUGAUGCUUCUAAGAUGAUGAGGUUGAGUUAUGAGAGAUGCCAUGGGAGGGGGAUUCACAUACAUUCCGUGUCGAGGUAUUGGCUGAUAAAUCAAGCCUCAAAAAAGCACCUAUUUUUUUGUUUGUUUGUUUGUUUUAAAGCAAGUCCAUUUCAUGUAUUGGGGGGUGGGGGGGAAGAUGGUGAUGAUGAGGUAGAGGAAGCCCUGGGCAAAUUGUAGUUUCUCCAGAUUUAAGGAGAAGGAGUUAUUCCACCUCCCCUUGACAUGACUGUGGCUUUUGCCCAAAUCUCAGCUUGGGAACAUCAUAUUCAUAUGACACUGAUAACUGAAGGAUUUUUUUUUUUUUAAGAGAGAUAGUUUCAAUAGGUUGGUUGAAAGAACUCUUGGGAAAUUUCUUAAAUUGCAAUACUUUUUAUAAACCUACCUACAGAGGCGUUUACCGCUCAUCACCACCAUUUAAUAUUUAUAAGUGCCCAGAAUGUACAAGGUGCUAUACAGCUGUUAAACAUUCCAUCUCCGCAGCUGUUUGAAAUUAGAAUAGGUUUUUGCAUCAGCCACUGCUAGGAGCUUUCCCCACCUAGGUGGGCUGCAGGGGCCUGCCGUUCAGGCAACCGCAUACAUGUUUCCCACUCCAGAGAGCCUCAGUGUUUAUUCCAGUUUCUCACUUAUGCAUCCCACUCACCCCCAUGGCUUUUUUUUUUUUUUUUUUUUAUGAAAGUUUCAGGGAAUCAAGAGGUCAGAAAUUUUUUAACCUAGCAGAAAUAGAAUCAUAUAUUUUGCUACAAAUAUUAUUGUAUUACAGAAAAUCCACUUUGCCCGUAUAGUGUGUGGAAAGUAUGUACGUGUCUGCACUCAUGAUAACUUGAAUGUAGAAGCAGCACUAUGGCUUCAGGAUAGCAUGUUUUAAAAGGAAAAACCACAAAGCUUCAGGAAACUUACUCCGACUACUGCUUGGUUAUCCCUCCCUUACCAGUUUUUGAGAGUGUACUGGGUUGGGAUUUUCUGUGGAUGAUGUGCAGGUCAUUUUGACGUGAGAUCAAAGCAGAAGCAAGAUGUCCCUCUCGGAGGUUGUUAUCACGGUGGGCCUCAUUCCCAUCUCUUUUAAUUCUCCAUGGCUGCCCACGCUUUAUCUUUGAAAAUCCUGUUUCUCUUGCUCUUUUCUAGCUUCACCUCUCUACUUCCGUAUUUUAGAGGGGUAUACACCUAUCAAUGAAAGGCCCUCCUCUGUCACCAGGUGGUGCCGCCCUUUGGUUUGCUGUGGUACUUUGCUGUGUACUCUGUGGCAUCAUGUUACUAUGUAAAUAAAUCCAUUUUAAUAUACACUAAAAA